AUGUCUCGUCAAACAUUAUUAGGAGAAUCGCUGUCUUUGCGGAGAGGAUUAGUGUCUCCCUUCUACCUUCCACCACUACCCACUGAUUAUGCCCCUUAUUUACGUUACCUUAUCAAGAAAGAUCGUCUCAGCAAGACAGAGGAGGUUGGAAGAAUUAUGUACAAAGACAUAAAGUUCGCAGUCUUUAAAGGUGCAUUAGAAAGGGAAGACGUUGACGUGAUAGUGAACAGUACAUCAGAAAAAUUGAAACUAACGUUCGGGCAGUGUUCUCGGUCAUUGUUAGAAGCGGCAGGAAGAGAGAUUCAAGACGAGUGUGAUGAAAAAUAUCCCUCAGGAGUCAGAAAGGGCGACGUAGCUAUCACAGGACCUGGGAAACUUAAUUGCAAAAUCAUUUGUCAUGGCUCCCUUGUAAAAUACGGGGAUAAUCUUGCAGAAGAGAUACAUAUGCAGUAUAUUUCCAACUGUCUGAUGGAGAUGGAUAAACAUGGAUUCUCCACCAUAGCCCUCCCAGCCCUGACUACGGGAUUCCUGAAGUUCCCUAGGGAUCUGGCGGCAAGAAACGCGUGUCGAGCCGUGAAGAGUUAUAUAGACGCAAAUCCCAAGACAAACCUUAAAGAGGUUCACUUUGUUAUACACCACAGCGACACCAUAACUAUUCAAGUAUUUGCAGAUGUUGUCAACACGUUAGAUCUCGACCAGCAAGCAGUCCUAGUGAAAGUUGGUAUAGUGGAAGAUGAAAAAGCUAAAUUCGACAUGGUUGUCAACUUUGUGGGGUCAGCUUCAAUUGAUGUUACAACUCGAACCAAACAUGUUAGCAAUGAUAUACAACAUCUCUCCUUGGUGUCAGACGGAGAUAUGGAGGUUAUUUACUCCAAACACUUGGAUAAGAAUAAAAUUUACCAUACCUAUGUCUUACAAUGCAGAACUGAUCUGCGUGUUGUAAAGAAGGAUGUUGGUGAAGCAGUGUUCAAUUGUUUGACUGAGGCAAAUAGGACAAAAAUGAGUUCCAUUGUCUUUAUACUGCACAAGUCCGAUUACAAUCCACCACCUAAGAUUGUGUCAAAUGUGAUAUGCGAAGCAUUGGAUGGUUUUUCAAGAAAUCAUAAUACCAAUAUGAAUGUAACAGUGGUUAUACCAGAACCUGAUGGACGAUACUCAGAAAUAGCAUAUUUAUGGUAUGUGAGGACAACAGAGAUGCAGGUGAAACUAGAUGCCACACUGGUAGACGUUGAUGUUCCAACACGACAAGCUGUAGAGAAACUAGUCUUAUCCACGUGGGUACCACAAAUAGUGGGACAUGGUAGAGACGCCAAGGGACUGUCAGACCUCAAAUACUCUAGUAUAAAGGUUUUAAAAGUGGAGAGGCUGGAAAACAUUAAUUUGUACGAAAAAUAUUCCUACUUUCGGGCGUACCUUUUUCAGAAGGCAGGAAGAAAUGGAGUUUUCAAACAGCUGGAUGAACUUUCACCGAGUUUGAUAAAUGUACUCACUUCGGAAAUAAUGGGAAGUAAUCCCCUCCUGAGAAGCGAUCAGUACCCAGAAGAAGCCAACGAACACUUUCUUUUUCACGGAACAAAGGCCGAAACAUACAAAAGUAUUCUUUCGAAUGGUUUCGAUAUCACCAUGGCUGAUAAUAAAGGCAUGUUUGGUCAGGGGAUGUAUCUUGCCGAGAGUCCAACAAAGGCAGAUCAGUACACAGAUCACAUAGACGACAGAACGAAAGGCGAGAAGAAAAUGUUUUUGGUUCGAUCUUGCCUUGGUAAAAUGCAUGUAGCAAGGCAUCCUAAACCAGAACUUCGAAGACCUCCAUGCUUUCAGUCUGGCUGUGAGUCCGAUUCCUGUGAACAUUCCGACUUUCAGCGCUGUGAUAGCGUGGUCGGUGAUGGAGCCUGGUUAUUCCGAGAGUUUGUUACGUACCACCACUACCAGAACUACCCGGAAUACCUCAUCACUUACAUUAGAGUGUAA